AAUGCAUGCGGUUCCAAAUCACUGGCGCCACCUCUCGUUUCCCGCGCUCUGCCAUUUCUAUCACUUCGAUUUACUUCAAUUUGUAACCCUAAACUGUCCCUCUCUCUCAUCCUCUACUUUUCUCUCUAACCAAGUUCAUCUCUCCCUCUUCUGUGCGUGUCUGUGGAUCUCUUCUCUGUGUAAUUUAGCUAUUUAUUUUCAUAUUUAUUCAUUUAUUUAUACAUUUCUGAGGGUUUGGGGAAUCGAAGAAGAAGAAGAAGAAGAAGAAGAAGAAGAAGAAGAAGAAGAAGAAGAAGAUGUUCUACUCACACACUUUUUUGGGUCGGAAAGGACCUUUAGGGACGGUAUGGUGCGCGGCGCAUCUGCAGCACAAGCUUAAGAAGUCUCACUACGCCGCCACCGAUAUUCCCUCCACCGUCGAGCGCAUCCUGUUUCCGGAAGUCCCCAUCUCACUUAGAAUGCAAGGCCAUCUUCUUUUGGGUGUUGUUCGGAUAUAUUCCAAGAAACUCGACUAUUUGUUUCAUGACUGCAAUGUUGUUCUAAUUGGGAUAAGCAAGGCCUUUACUUCUUCAGAAGUUAAUUUACCAGAAGAUGCAACCCAUGCACCAUUUCACUCUAUCACUUUGCCAGAUACAUUUGAACUUGCCUCCUUGGAUUUGGAUGAUAACCUGUUUUUUGAGGGGAUUGAAGAUAAUCAUCUCAAGAGUCAGGAUGAGAUAACACUUCCAGGUCAAAUUCCAGUUGAAAGAGAUCCUUAUGUUUCCAUAUCUUUUGACGAGGAUAUUAUGAUUCAUCCAUCACAUCGAGAUGAGAUCCCUGAUUCAGGGGUCAGGCCAAUGGAGGAAGAAAUCCUACCUUCAUCUCCAGUGGAUCGUGAUGCGACUUUUCGAGAUCCUGGUCCGAGUAAUCAGUCUGAAGUACCUUAUGAAAGGAUACCGACGGAAGUUGUUAACAAGAGUCCUAAUGAAGACAAUGCUCAAGAUCUUCCAGAUGUUGAAGUUAUGCGCGACCCUGUCUAUGAUCAUGGCUUGGAAAUCCCUCCAGAUUUUGAAGUUAUGCAGGACCCUGCCCCUGAUUUGGGCAAGCCCAUGAAUGAGAAUGAAAUUCUUUCUCCAAUCAUGGAAGAGAUGUCAGUUGAUGGAGAGCAGGUUCUACCAUUUCAGCAACGUCCCAAUCCUCCUUCUGCUGCGACGGAGGAGGCCCCUGAUAUCUUUGAUUCACGCACUUCAUUUGGGCAUGUCUCACCUGAGCUGGAAAUUCGUGCAACUCCUCCCAUUGAGGUCCCAAAAGCAAAUCAAAGGAAGAGAAAAAGGAUACUAUAUGAUGAGGUUACCGUAUUGUCCAAUAGGUCAAUGAAAAACAUGCUCCAAGAUUCUAGUUGUCUUUUCCGGAAGAGGAGGAUGCGCCCUUGCUCUGCCUUAAGUGUAUGGAAAUUCAGCAAGCCAAGAAAUGAAAAUAUCUUCUUUCAACCCUCAUUAAGUGGGUCUAGCUCAGAUCUUCAAAAUAUUUUUAAGAAAGACUUUAUAUCUACAAAGCCACAUUUGGUUUUAUUAGAGGAAGAUGUUUCAGAACAAUGGUCACAUUCUCCAGCUCCUAUGUCUGGGGUUGCACAUUCACCUGCUUCUGUGCCCAGGGCUGCAGAAUCUCCUCUUGUGCCUGAGCUUGAUAUGGAAAUUGAACGUAUUCGACAUAACGAAGACUAUGCUAGCAGCAAUAUCUUAGCUGAUUUAAUGCCUUCUCCCCCUAAAUCCAUGCCUUCUCAGCACAGAAAAGACGAGUUUACUCCCAUUUCGGCAAACACUUUAGGAACAGAGACAGAACCUCAGGUGUGGACAUCUACAGGGACUGAUGGACUGUCUAUGCCUGACCUGGCCACAUCUACUGGACCAUUUGGGUCGGAUCUGGAAACACCUAUAGAUGAGCGCCUGGGCGCCGAAAACACUGGUCUUUCAGAUAUUCCAGAGUUGAUAAACUCUGCAGAAGCAGAAGGCUUAAGCUUCUUGGAAGCUGACAUUAAUACAGCAGGAGGAUCCCAGGGAACUCAAGAAUUUGAUGAUUUGUCUGUGAGAACAAGGGCAGUGGCUCAAUAUUUACAAAGACAUUCUCCUAUUGCCCAAAUCUCAGAAGAGCUGUCAGGGGAUCUCAGCUUGAACAAGAUCUUAGAAGGAAAAACAAGAAAACUGUGUGCUCGAAUGUUCUUUGAAACACUGGUUUUAAAGAGUUCUCGACUUAUUGAUGUGCAACAAGAAGAACCUUUUGGUGAUAUAACAUUGAAGUUGACUCCUACACUUUCAAAGGCCAAAUUUUGAUGGUGUUUAGGAUGAUUGGCAAGGUUUUCAUGUAUAUAGUUGUGUUUGUAGAGCAGCUGCUAGACUUGGCGGAGUUACAAAAAAAUGCAUGGCCCAUGUGUUAUUAUUAUUAUCUGUAGCUAGGGGAAAGAUGGUAGUUGUAAUAUAUCAGUUUUACUAUAUCUGUAUAACUAACUGUGCUCCUGUUAUUUAAUACAACAGUGGUUGGAUGGAUAUUGAUUCA